AGUAUGAAAAUAGGUAAACAAAAAUGGUGUCAGGAAUGCGAUAAAGAUGAGAUUGAAAAUUCAAGACGUAAAUGUCCUCAAUGUAAAACAAAACUUCCCUCACUUGCUGAAGUUCAAGAAGCAAUUGAUCAAACAAUAUUUGAAAAACAAGAUACGAUCAAACCUCUAAUUUUUAAAUCCUGCCAGUCUGAAAUGAAUACUUCCAAAGAUCCGAUUAGAACAACCCAGAAAGACGUUAAUGUACUUGACAUUCUUGUUCCAGAUCCUUUACCAAUAAAUCCAAACUCGAUUAAGAAUGUUCAAAAAGUCAUAGAUUAUAUUAAAGAAAUCAGUGGGAUUAAUAAAGGUGAACGAAAAUGGAUUGCG